CUCCAAAUCCUCUUUUUUAACUUUCACCCAACUGCAUGCCGUCAAACACUGUUUCAGUGUGUGGCCUCUGCCUUUCCAAGGCUUUUAUAUCAUAAUUCUCUCUCACCAACCCUGUUUUUCACUUGUCCUCCUAAACCCUCCAAAAGGGUUCAUUUACAAGAAAACAAGAGAGUGCAUUUUUGGGUUCAUUGUGUGUAGUGUUAUGGAGAGGUAUGAGAUUGUGAAGGAUAUUGGGACUGGGAAUUUUGGGGUGGCCAGGCUGGUCAGAGACAAGUUCACAAAAGAACUCUUUGCUGUCAAGUUCAUUGAAAGAGGCCAGAAGAUAGCUGAACAUGUGCGGAGGGAAAUCAUGAACCACAGAUCAUUGAAGCAUCCCAAUAUUGUUCGAUUCAAAGAGGUCCUGCUGACACCAACUCAUCUAGCCAUCGUAAUGGAGUACGCGGAGGGGGGAGAACUCUUUGAGAAGAUACACGGUGCUGGUAGAUUUAGUGAGGAUGAGGUAAAUAAAUUUCUGAGGGGGAGAGACUUUCAUAUGGAAAAAAUUUGUCGUUUAGAAUAUGGCAUCUCUGAAUGUCCCCUGAAAAUGGCAUACAUAUACAUUUUUGUUCUUCUUUUUUUUCUCAAUUUUAUUGUUCUUUUGCAUCAGGCAAGGUAUUUCUUCCAGCAAUUGAUAUCAGGAGUUAGUUACUGUCAUUCAAUGCACAUCUGUCAUAGGGACCUUAAGCUUGAAAAUACACUCUUAGAUGGCAGCACAGCACCCCGUGUGAAAAUAUGCGAUUUCGGACACUCAAAGUCAGUAUUGCAUUCUCAGCCAAAAUCUGCUGUAGGAACACCAGCUUAUAUUGCACCUGAGGUCCUAUCUAAAACCAAAUAUGAUGGAAAGAUUUCAGAUGUUUGGUCUUGCGGAGUCACCUUAUAUGUGAUGAUUGUUGGAUCAUACCCCUUUGAAGAUCCUGAAGAACCUAUAAACUUUAAAAAAACAAUUGAGCGGAUCCUUAGUGUACACUACUCAAUUCCUGAUUUUAUCCGAGUUUCCAAGGAAUGCAGACAUCUCUUGUCUCUUAUAUUCGUAGAAAACCCCGAAAAGAGAAUAACAAUCCCAGAAAUUGAAAGCCACCCUUGGUUCGUAAAGAACUUACCUAUCGAACUUAUGGAAGGAGUCGGAAGCUGGCAGUGCAAAGAUGCAAAUAAUCCAUCCCAAAGCGAUGAAGAAGUUCUAUCAAUAAUACAACAGGCACGAAACCCCUCAGAAGAGGCCCCAAAUGCUGCUGGUAGGCCUCUCAUGGGAAGCAAAAGCAUGGAUCUUUGAUGAUUUGGAUAUUGCUAAUGUUGAAGAUAUUGAAACAAGUGGUCAUUUUGUAUUUCCAAAUCUGAGUAAUUAAAUUGUACAUACAAAUCAGUUUA